AUGGCUCCAUUCACCGCGACCGCGCAGAACACAUCCGGCGCUGGCCAGAACCAUGACAGAAUAGACCGCCAUGUCCCGCCGAGCGCUCCCGACGACCUCCCCAGCGACCCGGCUGAUAUCACGGCCGUCCAGAAGAUGCUCUCGGCGACAUCGGGGAGCUUGUUGACUGGUCUUCUCGCUACCCCUCUCGAUGUUGUCCGCGUCCGAUGGCAGUCUCAGGGCAUUCUCUCGGCACAGCAGCCUGCCAUCAAUCCCGCCGAGCUCUCCAAAGUCGCCUUGUCCACCCCGAAUGCGUUCCGUCCCUCUGAACUAGGCGUAACAGCCUGCUGCCGCGAAGUCUUCUUCAUGAACAACACCUCGGACGUUUGCAUCGUGGGCCCGCGCAUCUCCCUCAACAACACCUCCGCCCCUGCAACAACGCUCACCAACAACUCCCUCAACCCCUCCCCGAUUGCCUGCGCCGUCGAACAGACCCAGCAGCGGACCUUCAACUCAACUUUUGACGGCCUGCGCAAAAUCGCGCGCAACGAAGGCCUGCUGACUCUCUGGCGCGGGCUGUCCCCGACGCUGAUAAUGGCCAUACCCGCCAACAUAAUCUAUUUCACGGGAUACGACUGGCUGCGGUACCACCACAACUCGCCCAUCGUCAGGCAGCGCGCCGUGCGCGACGAGUAUGCGCCCCUGAUCGCCGGCUCGGUGGCGCGCGUGCUGGCGGCCACGGCGGUAUCCCCCAUCGAGCUGUUCCGCACGCGCCUGCAGGCCGCGCAGGGCCACGCCACGGGGCCGGGGGGCCACCUGGCCGAGACGUUCCGCAGCGUGCAGGACAUGGUGGGCGCGCACGGCUACCGCUCGCUUUGGCGGGGGCUCACCCUCACCCUCUGGCGCGACGUGCCCUUCAGCGGCAUGUACUGGUGGGGGUACGAGACGAUCCGGGGCCGGCUGACGGACGCGCGCGAACGGGCUCGCGGCAGGGGUUUGGAGUUGUUGGACCGCUCCGGAGACGACAGGGUGCGUGCGCGCCGCCGCUCCCAGAGCAGGGAGAAGCACGCCGAAACCUUUACCGACAGCUUCAUCGCCGGCGCCGCGUCCGGCGGGUUCGCGAGUAUCGUGACGAUGCCCUUUGACGUUGGCAAAACGAGGACGCAGGUGUUUCGGGAUACCAGCACCAAGACGGCUCCGCCGGCGGCUUCGACAACAACGGCAGCGGCGGCGCGGGGAGCGGGAAAGGCGGCGGCUUCCGUGGCCGCCGAGGAGCAGAACAUGGCCCGCCUGCUGUGGCACAUCUUUCGCACCGAGGGCAUCCCCGGCCUGUUCAGGGGCUGGAUUCCCCGCACCCUGAGGGUUGCCCCCGCGUGCGCCAUCAUGAUCAGCAGCUACGAGGUGGGCAAGCGCGUGUUCCGCGGCGUCAACGAGCGGGCGCUGCUCAGGGAGAUGCAGCAUCAGCGUGAGCAUGGGCAUGGGCGCGAGCCCUGA